GCAGUUACAGCUGCAGAAGAGAGAGCUUGGCCUCCCACAGACCCAGAGCAGCAUCUAGUUUCCUUUGUCACCAGUGGGACCUGCACUGUCUCGGCACCUGCCCUGUCUUCCCCUGCUGGGCCAGUCUCAGUCCACUCUCCCACGGCCAUCUUUUGGUCAUUGGUCAUCUCUCUCUCUCUCCCUCACUCUCAUUCCUGAUCUGACCAGGACCCAGAUGGCGAACCCAGAGACCUCCAAGGAUAUUUCUCUUUUCCAAGGUAUUCGCAUGAUGUUCUAUGCAUUGAAGCCCAAUGAAACCUCUUUCCGGAGCCUAGAAGAGGUGCCUGAAUAUGUGCAACAGGCAACACCAUUUUUCUUUUCCCUGAUGCUACUCGAGUUGGUUGUCAGCUGGAUCCUCAAAGGGAAGCCUGUGGGACGAGUGUAUGAUGUUUUAACUUCCGUCUCUUCAGGUGUCCUGUAUCAGCUUCCAAGACUCUUUUUCAGGAGUAUUGAAUUGACCUCGUAUAUUUAUGUCUGGGAGAAUUAUAGACUCUUCAAUCUGCCAUGUGAUUCUCUAUGGAUGUGGUAUUUGACCUUCUUCGGAGUUGACCUAUGCUACUAUUGGUCCCACCGCAUGGCCCAUGAGGUCAGCAUCAUAUGGUCAUUACACCAGGUACACCACAGCUCUGAGGACUUCAACAUGUCUAUUGCUCUGCGAAUCUCUGUCUUCGAAGUAUAUAUUUCCUGGAUAUUCUAUUGUCCCCUGGCCCUCGCCAUCCCUCCUCCGAUGUUUGCCGUCCAUCUCCAGUUAAGCCUCCUUUACCAGUUCUGGAUCCACACUGAGGUCAUUAAUAAGCUUGGGCCUUUGGAAUGGAUUCUCAACACCCCCAGCCAUCAUCGAGUUCACCAUGGGAGAAACCGCUGUUACAUAGACAAAAAUUACGGUGCAGUUCUUGUCAUUUGGGAUAGAAUUUUUGGAACAUUUGAGGCAGAAAAUGAAAAAGUUUCCUAUGGGCUCACCCACCCCAUUAACACAUUUGAACUAUUCAGAGUACAGUUUUAUCAAUUGCAUUAUGUUUGGACCACAUUUUGGAUCACACCUGGGUUCUGGAACAAGUUGUCUGUCAUAUUCAAAGGACCAGGAUGGAGUCCUGGCAAACCUAGACUCGGCCUUCUUGAAGAUAUCCCUGAGGUCACAGGAAAAGAAGUCCCUUUUUCUGCUCCUAUGUCUGGCUCACUCCAGCUGUAUGCCUUUGUACACUUUGCUCUAAUGCUUGGUUUUUAUGAGGAUACAUUUGCUGACCAAAGCGUAUUAUCACAGGCCACUCUCCUCCUGAGGACAGGCUACAUCAUCCUCACACUGACCUCCAUUGGAUUCCUCAUAGAGCAAAGACCUGGUGCCCCCAUUUUGGAAACCAUACGAUGCUCAGUAUUUUUAAUGUUGUAUCGGCUAGAUUACUUGAAGCCCUUCAUCCCUUCACUGGCAUUUGCUUUCGAGAUUUUAUUCUCUAUCUGCAUCAUUUACUGGGGAAUAAGAAGCGUGAGACAGCUUGCCUCAGGCCAUUCAAAGCAGCUCUGAGAUGGGAUGUCUAGGACCUUCUGUAUCUCCCAGAAGGAGGGUUACAUUGAAGGGUUGACUGUUACCCAAGAACAGAUGCCAAGGUUCUAAUGCAAAGGAAGUAAUUCUGUUAUUAACUCUUGAAAAUACCUUUUUCAUGAAACUUCUUCCAAUGGUCUUACUUUUUUGAUUGUUCUCUCUUUUAAUUAGAAUCUGAUGGAGCUUUUUACAAAUCAAGUUCAAGUUCAAUACUGUGUGAAAAUCCUCUUUAAAUGUCUCUGCUGUUGUCAUUUAACAAUUAGACCAGGAAUGGGAGUACAACUCUACACUUCAACUUUAACAUUUUCUUCUUGACAGCUUAAUAAUAUAUCCUAAACUUUUCCUUAAGAAUUUACUGCAAUACUGAUUUUUUUGCACUUUCUAUUCUUUUAACUUUUUUCAAUUACAUGUAGAAACAAUUUUAAAUAAUUGUUUUGUAAUCUUAUGCAAUGCAAAAUCUCUUCCUCCCUCCUAUUGUAUUAUGAUUAAAAUACUUAACAGAAUCCAUACAUGUGUUAUUACAGCAGGAUUUACAGGCACAUGAUGAGACGUUUGGGAAGAGUCAUGAUUGACAUGGAGAUCAGAAAGUCAUCAACUUGGAACUACCAGGGAGCUGAGAGUCUUCUAGUUAAACCCUUUCAUUACUGGUCUAGUAUCCGGUAUGUAGUUGGCAUCAAGUCAAUACCCCCCGUAUUUGCUUGCUUGAUUUUGAAGAUGGAGAAACUUCGACUCUGAGUUGAAGUGAUUUGCCCAAGGUCACAUACAUAGUAAACAAGAGAGAUAGGUCUGGAAACCAGACCCACUGAUUCUGAAACCACUGGCUAUCAUUUCCCUAUACCAAGCAGCCCAAGAGAUAUCAGGGCAACAAGGUAAUAUUGAUAAUAAUUCUCAGCAGCAGCAGCAGCAGCAGCAGCAUUUAUGUAGAUCUUUAAGCUUUACAAAGAGAUAUGUGCAUAUAGUUUUAUUUAUGUAUUUUAUCUGCUUAUCUGAGAACAGCAAGUUCUACCCCAGACACAUACUGUAUAACCCUGUGAAAGUCACAUUACCCUCACCCUUCCAGUCAACAUCUGACUAAGACUUAUCUUAUAUACCAAAUUCUGAUCUGUAUCGGAUAGGGGAAGACAUUUUCACAGGAAAAUUCUUCAUAUCAAUGAAAAUACAGGUCAGAGUCAAAAAGCAAAGUAACAAAUAAACACAUAGGCAAACAACUGAACAAAUGAAUGAAUAAAAGAAGUAAACUGAUAAAUAGGUAUAUGAUUGAAUAAGUAUUGGAUUAAAUGAUCGAAUGAAUAAAUGAAUGGAUAAUUAAAUAAACCAACAAACAAACAAGUAGGCAAAAAAUAAAUAAAUAUUGAAAUAGAUAAUUUAGUAAUUUUUGCAAAUGAAUAUGGACAGUUUGUUGGCUUACCCACCAGGGAUCCUCCUUGUCAUCUCAUGUUGUUGUAAAUUAUGAAAAUAAAGUGAAUUGUUACAA